ACAGGAUUCCUGCCCCACCCUGCCUGACCCGGCCAUAUAAACAGCCACCCCCUCCUCCCCGUUCCCCAUCUCGUCUCAUCUCGUGUUGUUCCGAGAACACAACCAAAAUCCAAAUCCUCCUCCUCGCGAGCCUCGUCGAUCCUUCAAGAUGCAGAUCUUUGUUAAGACCCUCACUGGCAAGACCAUCACCCUCGAGGUGGAGUCCUCCGACACCAUCGACAACGUCAAGGCCAAGAUCCAGGACAAGGAGGGCAUUCCCCCGGACCAGCAGAGGCUCAUCUUCGCCGGCAAGCAGCUGGAGGAUGGCCGCACUCUUGCGGACUACAACAUCCAGAAGGAGAGCACUCUUCACCUGGUGCUCCGCUUGAGGGGUGGGAUGCAGAUCUUCGUUAAGACCCUCACAGGCAAGACCAUCACCCUUGAGGUGGAGUCUUCCGACACCAUCGACAACGUCAAGGCCAAGAUCCAGGACAAGGAGGGCAUCCCCCCGGACCAGCAGAGGCUCAUCUUUGCCGGCAAGCAGCUGGAGGAUGGCCGCACCCUUGCGGACUACAACAUCCAGAAGGAGAGCACUCUCCACCUGGUGCUCCGCCUGAGGGGUGGGAUGCAGAUUUUCGUUAAGACCCUCACAGGCAAGACCAUCACCCUUGAGGUGGAGUCCUCCGACACCAUCGACAACGUCAAGGCCAAGAUCCAGGACAAGGAGGGCAUCCCCCCGGACCAGCAGCGUCUGAUCUUUGCUGGCAAGCAGUUGGAGGAUGGGCGCACCCUUGCGGACUACAACAUUCAGAAGGAGAGCACUCUCCACCUGGUGCUCCGCCUGAGGGGUGGGAUGCAGAUCUUCGUUAAGACCCUCACAGGCAAGACCAUCACCCUCGAGGUGGAGUCCUCCGACACCAUCGAUAACGUCAAGGCCAAGAUCCAGGACAAGGAGGGCAUCCCCCCGGACCAGCAGAGGCUCAUCUUUGCUGGCAAGCAGCUUGAGGACGGCCGCACCCUUGCCGACUACAACAUCCAGAAGGAGAGCACCCUCCACCUGGUGCUUCGCCUGAGGGGUGGGAUGCAGAUCUUUGUGAAGACCUUGACUGGCAAGACCAUCACCCUCGAGGUGGAGUCCUCCGACACCAUCGACAACGUCAAGGCCAAGAUCCAGGACAAGGAGGGCAUCCCCCCGGACCAGCAGCGUCUGAUCUUUGCUGGCAAGCAGCUGGAGGAUGGCCGCACCCUUGCUGACUACAAUAUCCAGAAGGAGUCGACCCUCCAUUUGGUGCUCCGCCUCCGUGGUGGCCAGUAAAUGCAGAUCUUUGUGAAGACCCUCACCGGCAAGACCAUCACCCUUGAGGUGGAGUCUUCUGACACCAUUGACAACGUCAAGGCCAAGAUCCAGGACAAGGAGGGCAUCCCCCCGGACCAGCAGAGGCUCAUCUUUGCCGGCAAGCAGCUUGAGGACGGCCGCACCCUUGCCGACUACAACAUCCAGAAGGAGAGCACCCUCCACCUGGUGCUCCGCCUGAGGGGUGGGAUGCAGAUCUUUGUGAAGACCCUCACCGGCAAGACCAUCACCCUCGAGGUGGAGUCCUCCGACACCAUCGACAACGUCAAGGCCAAGAUCCAGGACAAGGAGGGCAUUCCCCCGGACCAGCAGAGGCUCAUCUUUGCCGGCAAGCAGCUGGAGGAUGGCCGCACUCUUGCAGACUACAACAUCCAGAAGGAGAGCACUCUCCACCUGGUGCUCCGCCUGAGGGGUGGGAUGCAGAUCUUUGUUAAGACCCUCACCGGCAAGACCAUCACCCUCGAGGUGGAGUCCUCUGACACCAUCGACAACGUCAAGGCCAAGAUCCAGGACAAGGAGGGCAUCCCCCCGGACCAGCAGAGGCUCAUCUUUGCCGGCAAGCAGCUUGAGGACGGACGCACCCUUGCUGACUACAACAUCCAGAAGGAGAGCACCCUCCACCUGGUGCUUCGCCUGAGGGGUGGGAUGCAGAUCUUUGUGAAGACCUUGACUGGCAAGACCAUCACCCUCGAGGUGGAGUCCUCCGACACCAUCGACAACGUCAAGGCCAAGAUCCAGGACAAGGAGGGCAUCCCCCCGGACCAGCAGAGGCUCAUCUUUGCUGGCAAGCAGCUUGAGGACGGCCGCACCCUUGCCGAUUACAACAUCCAGAAGGAGAGCACCCUCCACCUGGUGCUUCGCCUGAGGGGUGGGAUGCAGAUCUUUGUGAAGACCUUGACUGGCAAGACCAUCACCCUCGAGGUGGAGUCCUCCGACACCAUCGACAACGUCAAGGCCAAGAUCCAGGACAAGGAGGGCAUCCCCCCGGACCAGCAGAGGCUCAUCUUCGCUGGCAAGCAGCUGGAGGACGGCCGCACCCUUGCCGACUACAACAUCCAGAAGGAGAGCACUCUCCAUCUGGUGCUUCGUCUGAGGGGUGGGAUGCAGAUCUUUGUGAAGACCUUGACUGGCAAGACCAUCACCCUUGAGGUUGAGAGCUCCGACACCAUUGACAACGUCAAGGCCAAGAUCCAGGACAAGGAGGGCAUCCCCCCGGACCAGCAGCGUCUGAUCUUUGCAGGCAAGCAGCUGGAGGAUGGCCGCACCCUUGCUGACUACAAUAUCCAGAAGGAGUCCACCCUCCACCUGGUGCUUCGUCUCCGUGGUGGCCAGUAAUCCAUUGGUUAUCGGAGCUGCUGCUGUACCUGGGGUCUUCUGGUCUCUGCCAUGAAGGGUGUUGUCUUUUAAGUAUCUGUGUUGUUUGGCGUCAAAUUUGCGUACGGUUUCAUGAACUGGUUGUCUUGUGUACCUAAAACAGUUGUUGCGGUGCAGCAGUAUGGCUUAAACUGGAAUAAAUGAUGUUCGGACUUAAAUCUG